CACAGCUCGUCAGUCAUGUCGGUGCUGAACUCAGAACGUUCACCGUUAGACUAGACAUAUUUCUGUCUGAACUUACUAACUCCUUUUGUUUUCAAGCAGAAAAUAGUUUAUGGAUAUUUGUUGACGAAAAUCGAGUAGUCCAUUUCAGUAUCGACUUAUUUUAAGCAAGUUUAAGUAGUAAGUUUAUGAUAGACUUCUUCCUCAGGAUUCUCUCCUCUUGACUGUUAACGUUAGCUAACGUAACGCAGGUUAGCUAAGUUGAUAAAAUAAAACCGUGAACGUCAACUGACUUCCUUGUGUUUCGGUCGUGUUACCUGGCGGAGGACAACGACGUUGAAAGAAGAAUAAGAGUAAUUCAGGACGAAACUUUCAGUGAGUGUAGUUAAUGUUUGUAUCUCAUACAAAGGCUUUACCAUCUUCGUGUAACGUCAGUGAUCUGUAUGAGUCAUGGCAUCGCUCUCUGAGGAGGUGCUGCUGGUGGUGAAAAAGGUUCGCCAGAGGAAACAGGAUGGCACUCUGUAUCUGAUGGCUGAACGCAUAGCCUGGAGCCCAGAGGGCAAAGACCGCUUCACAGUCAGCCACUUGUAUGCAGAUAUUCGCUGUCAGAAGAUUAGCCCAGAUGGUAAAGCCAAAAUUCAGCUCCAGCUGGUCCUUCACACUGGUGAAAGCACUACAUUCCACUUUGCCAAUGAAAGCACAGCUCUCAAAGAUAGAGAGGCUGCAAAAGAGCUGCUGCAGCAGCUACUGCCCAAGUUCAAGAAGAAAGCCAACAAGGAACUGGAGGAGAAAAACAGGAUGCUUCAAGAGGAUCCGCUGCUUUUUCAGUUAUACAAAGAUCUCGUAGUGAGCCAAGUGAUAAAUGCUGACGAGUUCUGGGCCAACCGGUUAGGAGACGUAACCAACUCCGACCCUGCACCAUACAACAACAACAAACAGGAAGUCGGUAUAUCUGGAGCUUUUCUGGCAGACAUUAGACCUCAGACAGAUGGCUGCAAUGGCUUGAGAUACAAUCUGACAGCUGACAUUAUUGAAUCCAUCUUCAGAACAUACCCUGCAGUUAAGCAGAAGUAUAGUGAAAAUGUGCCUCAUAAUCUGACGGAGAAGGAGUUCUGGACCCGCUUUUUCCAGUCCCAUUAUUUUCACAGAGACCGUAUCAACACAGGAACGCAAGAUAUCUUCUCAGAGUGUGCCAAGCAGGAUGAAAAAGGUUUAAAGUCUAUGGUGGUUCAAGGGGUAAAGAAUCCUUUGGUCGACCUUCUGUCCUUAGAGGAUAAAACACUGGAUGAGGGUUAUGGCAUUGCUGCGGCUCCAGCCUCAACUUCCAGUGCAAACAGGACAGUGAAGGAGAGCAGCAACGCAGCAAUUAUUAAACGGUUCAACCAUCACAGUGCAAUGGUGUUAGCAGCAGGCUCACGCAAGGGGGAAACACCAACUGAUCAAGCAAGCGAGACAAGCAGUACAGAUGGAAACUCAAGGGAUUCUGACUUCUUUCAGCCUCCAGUAAAAAAGGUUAAACUACAAGAGGCUAUUGAAUAUGAAGAUCUUCAAGGGGAGAACAGAACAAAAACAGUUGCAUUAAACCUCAAAAAGUCUGACAGGUAUGCUCAUGGUCCUGUGCCACUGCAGUCCCAGCAGUAUUCAACAAGCCAGGAUAUCAUCAAUUCUGUGAACUACAUCAGACACGAGAUGGUCAAUUACAAACCCAACCUCACUCAGGUGUUGUCCAGCACAGCAGCUACUUCUGCCAUUGCAGCACUUUCCCCAGGAGGCGUCCUCAUGUUGGCAGGAGCACAACAAGCCAUAAAUCAGAUGGUACCUACUGAUAUUCAAGGAGAGUUGAAGCACCUUUAUGCAGCUGCUGGAGAGUUGUUGAGACACUUUUGGUCCUGUUUCCCUGUAAACACACCAUUUUUAGAGGAGAAGGUGAUAAAAAUGAAGUCCAACCUUGAGAGAUUUCAGAUGACCAAGCUUCGCCCUUUUCAGGAGAAGAUUCAGCGUCAGUACUUAAGUGCAAACCUCACAGGACAUUUGGAGGAGAUGCUGCAGACAGCCUAUAACAAGUUUCACAUCUGGCAAACCCGCCGCAUGAUGAGGAAAACCUGAGAUCUCCUGUCAAAAAGAGGAUGAGGAAGACUUUAAAGUAUUUGGUAAACUAGUCUGUCAUGGCUCUACAUACUGCUGUGAAGAGACCACAGCUGGCCUGAAGAACCAGGGUUCACAGUGGGCUUAAUGUGGAUAUAGACGGAUGCUGCUACACCCCCACCUGUUCAACAGAGACUUGCCAGCAUCUCAGUCACAAAUAACUGUAAUUAGUUACUUUAUUGUUUGUUUUCUUAAUGGUUUGGAGAUCGCUGUCAGGUAAAUGAGACUUUUAAAGUGAUGUAAUAUGACCAAAAUUCAGAUGGAAGAUUAAACAAGUCGCUCAGGACAAGAAACUGUGGGUUGACGUGCAACAGUGUGCUGCCAACGUGUUUCACUGUUGCACAGAGCACAGAAAGAACGCUUGGACAUGAGAGGAGCCCCCUAUGAUCACUGGGUCCAUUUGUUGAACAAAGGAGAAGUGAAUAUAGCAAUACUGUAAAGGCAUUUCACACUCGAGUGCAUUAGUGUGUGUGGCUCAAAUCACACUGUCACUGGUUUGUAAUGUCUGCACCCUCUGUCUGCACUGAAGAAAAAUGUUAUCUUGACUUCAAAUGAGGAAUAAAGCUUUUGCUUAUGUCUGUUUAAACUGCACUAUUUCAUGAAGUGAAUGUACUUCUCCAUGCAGGUAGGUUGUCAGAAUAUGUGAUACUUCCUCAUCAUCAUGUG